AUGGACGCAUCUUCUGCUGAUAUCCAAACUACCAUCGCCCCUUACACCCAAAAACCAUACUGCACUCGUCUCCUCGUCACUCCUCAAGAGCUCGACGGCGUCAUUAGCGAAGCUAUCAAAGCUCAGAAGGUAUGGCACAAGGUAUCUUUAGACGAAAGGAUCGCUAUCGCUGAACGAUGGCUGGUAACUCGACAUCUGAUCAAGAUUGCUAAGAAAUGUCUUGAACCUAUCCCUCAGACGGACACCGAUACGGAGGUACAUAAACGUACUAUCCUCAAACAACCUCUAGGGGUUAUAGCCGUCAUAACCCCCUGGAACUAUCCUCAUUUAUGUACAGUCAAUUCUGUAUUACCCGCUAUCCUCUCCGGCAACGCCGUAAUAAUCAAACCCGCCCCUCAAACUCCAGUCCCGGCCGAACGGGUCCUCUCCACCAUGUUAUCAGCCGGUCUUCCCCCGAAUGUACUCCAAGUUGUCCAUUUGUCACAAGAAACCACCCUGAAGUAUCUAUGUACCGACCCGAGAGUGGAACUAGUGGCAUUUACCGGGAGCGUGGCUGGAGGAAGGGCGGUCCAACAGGCUGCUGCGGGUGGGAAAGGGUUCAAAGCUGUUAAUCUGGAGCUUGGAGGGAAAGAUCCAGCUUAUGUGAGACAUGAUGUUGACGUUGCUUGGACGGCGGAACAGCUUGUGGAUGGCGCAAUGUUCAAUUCUGGACAAUCAUGUUGCGCCGUAGAAAGAAUAUACGUUCAUUCGUCUGUCUACCAAGAAUUCGUGGAUAAGUUUGUGGAAGUUGCCAAGGGAUACAAAGUUGGUGAUCCAUUAGAUCCAGAGACGACAUUAGGACCGGUCGUAUCUCUGGCGGCUGCAGAGAGGAUUCGGAAACAAGUCAAAGAUGCUGUCGCCGCCGGGGCACAGUUAGUACUGGACGAAUCUCAUUUUUCCGCUGCCAAAGAAGGUACAACUCUUGUUGGUCCACAAGUGCUCAUCAAUGUCGAUCAUUCUAUGGAGAUAAUGAUGGAAGAAACUUUCGGACCUGUUGUAGGGAUCAUGAAGGUUGAAAGUGAUGAAGAAGCUUUAGGAUUGAUGAAUGAUUCUCCUUAUGGUCUGACCGCAUCCAUUUGGACAUCUCCCACUGACCCUACCUCCCUCUCCGCGUUCCAACAACUAUCCGAAGAACUAGAAUGCGGUACUGUUUAUCUUAACAGAUGUGACGCUCUCGAUCCUGCAUUACCAUGGAGUGGAUGGAAAGAUUCAGGAAGAGGUAUCAGUCUUUCUACUUUUGGUUAUGAUCAUGUCACUAGGACUAAAGCUAUCAUGAUGCGUGUUAAACUUUAG